AUGGAGCCUGCUCAAGAGAAACAAGCUGGUGCCGCCGGCGAACCAUUCGCGACCGACGUUGGUAGCGAUGGAUUUGAUCAAGAUGACAAGGACAUGGCCAGAAUGGGCAAGAAACAGGAGUUUAGUCGAAACUUCAAUUGGAUCAGCAGUCAAUCGAGGACUAACUGCAGGCUCACGGAGUUUGUUGCCUUGAACAACUUCCAGAUGCUUGUCGACGGUGGCACGUCGACCAUGUUUUGGAGUUAUACCUGGAUCAUAGCCGGACAGUUCUUCAUCGUCCUCAGUCUGGCCGAGAUGGCUUCCAUGGCACCAACAGCUGGCGGACAAUACCACUGGGUCAGCGAAUUUGCUCCUCGACGCUAUCAAAAAGCCUUGAGCUACACCUCCGGAUGGCUCAGUUCGACAUGUUGGGAGUCCUUCGUUGCGUCAGACUGCAUGUUCGCUGCACAACUUAUCUUCGCCCUUGUGCAAUUACAGAACCCCGACUUCGAGAUCCACAACUACUAUACGGCCCUUACGAGUAUUCUGAUCGGAAGUAUCGUGACAGCCAUCAAUGUGUUGGGUGCAAAGAAGCUUGCGUUACUGGAGAAUGUGUUUGUUACGCUGCACGUUGCCUCCUUUCUCGUCGUGCUUAUCACGGUCGCUGUUGCUUCACCCAAGAAUGACGCGAAGGAGGUCUUCACCACCUUUACCAACAACGGCGGCAACUAUCCGCUAAUGGGACUCGCCGUCAUGGUCGGCCAGGUCCCAGCCAUGUGGAACGUCCUUGCUUCCGACGCAGUUGCUCACCUCUCCGAGGAAGUCAAAAACGCCAGCGUCGUGACACCCAAGACGAUGUUCUGGGCCUACAUGCUGAACAUCCCCCUCGCGUUCGCGAUGCUGCUGGUCUUUCUUUUCGCCAUGACCGAUGUCGAGGCCGCAGUCGGCGAAACCUUCCCCUUUGUCUGGAUCCUGCAGAACUCGCUGUCUACGGCCGGCGCCCAAGCCAUCACGGCCAUCAUGUUCAUCUUGGUGUUUAUGAUCGCCGUGUCCUGCUUCGCCUCCACGAGCCGCCAGCUAUUUGCAUUCGCCAGGGAUAACGGCAUGCCUUUCCCGACGUGGUUGAAAAGGGUGAAUCCCCGGUUGAAUGUUGCGGCCAAUAGCUGCCUCGUCACCUGGGGAUACACGGUCGUCAUGUCGUUGAUCUACCUUGGCUCCCCGGUCGCGUUCAACGCCAUCAUCAGCUUGGCCAUCGUGGCGCUGAUGGCCACGUACGCGAUUAGCAUCGCCUGUGUGCUCUGGCGGAGGAUCGUCCACCCGAGCACAUUGCCGCCUGUGUAUUGGAGCCUGGGGAGACGGGGUACUGCGGUCAACACGUUGGGUUUGGUGUACGCGAUUUUUGCAUUCUUUUGGGCAUUCUGGCCCAUCUACUGGAAGCCUACGGCCGAUGAGAUGAAUUGGGCGAUAGUCAUAUUUGCCGGCGUCAUGCUGAUCUCUGCUGUCAACUACGCCCUCUCGGCGCAUAGGACGUAUACAGGGCCCGUGGCUACUUGUGAAGGGCGGCAGGAUGGGUAG